GAAAGGCAGUGGAGAGAAACACUGCAAAGUCCCUGGAAAUCAUUCAGGAGAAGUUGGAGAGGAUUCUGAGAGAGAAACUGGCCCCUUUACAGAACCAUGUGGGAACAGUGCGCCGUGCAGUGCCUUCUCCAGAGGUGCACAAUAGAAUCUUGAAUUCUAGUAUCCAGAACGUUUCUCAAGAAGUUCAAGCUCUGCAGGGAUCUUUGGAGAGCCUGCGGGCAUCCAUCCAUGACCUCCAGCACUCCAGAGAAGAGAUGGCCGAGCUGGAGAGCAAAUUGGGAAAGGCAGUGGAGAAAAACACGGAAAAGUCCCUGGAAAACUUCCAGAAGAAAAUGGAGACGAUUCUGAAUGAGAAACUGGCCAUUUUACAGAGACCGGUGGAAGCAGCCAACAAUACAGCACCGGCUCCAGACAAAGAACCCAACACCUUCACUCCUGUUCUGCUGAACAUGUCCCAAGAAGCCCAAGCUAGGCAGAGAUCUUCGGAGAGCAUGCAGGCCUCCAUGCAGCAUGAUGGCCAACACCUGGCAUCACAACCACAGGGCAAAAUAUUCAAAGAGGAGAAAGCAGUUCAGGGUUCCUCAUCCAAAAGCGACACGGCUGAGCUGCAGAGCAAACUAGAGUUUGCCCAAAUGCACCGUUACUCAGAGGGGAAUGGCUUGACCUUUGCAGUUGAUGUCACCCUGGAUGCUGACACAGCUCAUCCAAGGCUGAAGGUGUCUCAAGAUGGCAAGAGUGUGAAAGAUACUGGGAAAAUCACAACUAUGCCCAGGACAGAGAAGAGAUUUGACUCCCACCUCUUUGUUUUGGCAAAGGAAGGAUACACAUCUGGGAAACGCUAUUGGGAAGUGGAUGUUGGAGAGAAAAAGAACUGGGAAGUGGGCAUUGCCCGGGAGCCUGUGACUUGUAAAGGCACACUGACUCUAUCCCCAGAGAAGGGCUUCUGGGUCAUAGGGUUAGUGGAUGGGCGAGACUAUUGGGCCCGCACUGUUCCAUGGACCCGCUUGGCUGUGAGUGGGAAACUCGCAAGGAUUGGGAUCUUCCUGGACCCUACAGCCAAGAAGUUGUCAUUCUUUAAUGUCCAGAAGGAAACAGCUAUGUACACUUUCUCCCUUGGUAGAGACAAGAGCCAGGAAGGGAAGUUCUUUCCCUUCUUCUCAACAGGCUCCAUUUCUGCAAAGCCUGACACUGAGCCCCUGAAAAUAGUCCAGCGGUUUGAUGAAUGA